AUGGGUGUUUCUCAUUUCCUUUCCUCCCUUUGUUGUGAACUGAGAAUCUUGCAAGCCAAAAACAUAGAACCAAACUCCCCUGGAAACCUUUUUAUCAGAUACUAUCUCCCUGCAGGAAACAACAAGAGAAUUCGACUAAACAGCCAGAAGGUCUCCUCAAAGUCAGAGUUGAUUAUUUGGAAUGAGUCCUUCUCUUUGGAAUGCUCAGGAGCUGAAGAAUCUGUCAACUACCUGAAGCAACAGACUGUAGUCUUUGAGCUCCGCUUGAAGAGCACAUUGCCAAUUCUUGGAAAAAUGGGGAAGUCACAGCUUUUGGGCAGAGCUGAAAUGCCAUGGAAAGCCAUUUUUGAAUCACCAAACAUGGAGAUUGAGAAAUAUUGGCUUACAAUGGUUUCUAUGAAUGAUCGGGUUCUCCAAAAUCUUAAGCCUCCUUCAAUACAAAUAUCAAUGAAAUUAGUUCGAGGUCCAGCGGCCGUGGAAAUAGAGAAGAACAAGAAGAAAAAAGAAAAGGCGAAGAACAACUGGGAUGGCUGUGGAUGCAAAGAUAUUGGCAGAGGGUGCAGCUGUGCAGAUUAUGAAAUAUUUGCACUAGCAGCUGCUAUGGAGGGACUGUAG